AUGAAUGUAGUAGGUGAAUAUAUAGACUGGAUGAACAGGAUUUUUAAAAUAAGCAUGGACAGAGCAGAUCCCAGAGUCUCUUCGUUGCUUCUAAUGAGUUCAGUUAAUAAUUUAUUGUUUGUGAUCAUUGCCUACCUAAUAUUAGUCUAUUAUGGAUUAAAGUUCAUGAAAGGAAGGAAUCCUUUUUGUAUAAAUAGACUCGUUUUUAUGUAUGAUUGGAUUAUGGUAGUUAUGAAUGCCUAUAUUAUAUAUGAAUCCAUAACAGUCGCAUUUAAUGAAAAUUACUCGAUAUACUGUCAAAAAGUCGAUUACAGCUCAAAUCGUAACGCUUUAAGAUUAGUUCGAGCUGUUUGGUUAUUUCAUAUAUCGAAAGUGAUAGAAUGUUUAGAUACAUUCUUUUUUAUAAUUCGUGGUCGAACACAUCUUGUCACAUGGUUACAUGUCUAUCAUCAUUGCACAAUGAUUCCGAUAACAUGGGCUGGAGUGAAAUGGGUAGCUGGAGGUGAAUUAUUUCAACCUGUCAUAGUCAACAGCGCAAUUCAUGUGAUUAUGUAUAGUUAUUAUGCAUUUGCGGCUCUUGGGCCUAAAUGGAGAAAAUACUUAUGGUGGAAACGUUACUUGACAAUGCUACAAAUGAUUCAAUUUACCUAUGGAAUAUUUUAUUCCUUCAUUUCACUUUACAAGCAAUGUGGUCUUAACAAAUCUGUAUAUCACUUCAAUUUAUUUUAUCAAGUCACUCUUCUAUUACUUUUCUAUAAUCACUAUCAUCAUGCAUAUCAUAAAUUGAAAAAGCAAAAUUUAUGUAAAGCAACUGAUCACAGUUCAAUAAACAUUCAAACAAAUGGAAAUCUUAAAAAACAUGAAUAA